UACUUCAAUGGGAAGCACCAUCUGGAAGAGAUGAUGUUUUAUGAAAAUCUCAACAGAUCUCAGCUAGUGGCUCUACUUGAUAAGUUCAAAGAAGUUCUCAUAUUGUGCAGCCAUGAAGAUCCAGCAACUUCACUUUUAUAGGCAGUAAAUACAUGUGAGGAUCAUAUCAAAAGUAAUAAUUGGUCAAGUGGAAUGUGAAAGGUUAAACUUUUAAACAAAUUGUCACAAAACAGGGGUAAAAUGUAACUGGUAAGAGAUCUCACAUAGAUGCAUGAGAAAAUAGUCUAUUGAUUGUGAUCAAAGUUCAACAUAUUCUUUUUCAAUGCUGUAACCUUUAAAAGUUACAUGGUGGAGUUUCGAGUGCAAUGAAAAAAUGGCCAACUGCUCACUAACGGAAAAUAAAAACAAAUACAAGGUACACACGUUCAAUAACUUGAU